AUGACCAAGUCCUUUGAAGACGCAGCCAAGGACAUCAUUAGAGCUCUGGUAAACCUUGAUAAGAAGGACAAAAUAAUUGAAGCAUUAGUCAAACAAGUGCAACAACUAUUGGUCAAUUAUGUCGCAGCAAAUAACCAACAGGAAAAGGAUACGCAUGAAAAAGAAAAUGAAGCAGAAAGAACGCAAUUAGAAAACAUUAGUAGAAUAAACUAUUGCGAAAAUGAACUAUUCGUAGCGGAUAAAAGAAAGCAACAAAUACAACCGGACAUCCCGAAAAAAGACCUAGAGUACAACCAGAAUCAAACCCAAAUGACCCAAGGGCCCCAGGAGACUCAUGUGGUAAACUUUAGAUAUUAUAGGGAAGAAACUAGUGAAGAAGACAAUGAGCUGUUUUAUAACCUCUGGGAAGAAAUAACGAGUCCAGCUAUAUACUUGACAAAUAUAGAAGAAGUGCUGACCCAAGAAGAUACAGAAGCAGAACCUACGGUAGAAGAACAAAUAAAAAAAGAGAAAAUUGUGGAAGUAUAUAUGAUGGUAGGAAGAAGAAGUGAGCAAAAAUUAGAAGAGGACGAAAGUCGAGUAGAUAAGAAGGAAGCUGACUUACCUGAGUUUAAAGAAAAGAUAUUUGAACUAAGCGCUUAA